AUGGCGGCAACAACGUUGGCGGCUCAGAUUCCACGAUUUCACUGUUCGAUUUCAGCACACAAUCCGUUUAUGCUGAACACCGGAUUUCAUGUCCCCCACAAAACGACGCCGUCUAAGAGAGUAUCAACAGUCCGAGCUUCUUCGGACCCCCAAAGACAAGGUGCCGAUGCAGCCAAUGACAAAGCACCAUUUGUUUCUCAGGAUGACUUGAAGUAUUUGGUUAUGUUAGGGGGAGGGUCGUUUGCAGGCGCAGCUGCUAUAAAGUAUGGGAGCAUUAUAUUUCCAGAAAUCACAAGGCCAAAUCUCGGGCUUGCUCUGUUUAUGGUUUUAGCUCCCGUCGUUAUUGCUGUCUUGCUAUUGAUCAAGCAAAGUCGUGUCGAUCGAGAGACUGUUCAAAAAAAGUAG